AUGAAGCUGGUCACUUUUGCCGCCGUUUUGGCGCUCGCCCAUGCUGCCACAUUGGAAACAAAUAAACUGGAAGAUCUAGAAACAGCAGCUACAGACCAGUUAAAUACCGAUCAAAUUGCUGCACAAUCAAACAAUUACGCUCAAUUUUAUUCAUCACCUCCCAGUACCGUCCAACCAUCAGGUAGCAAUAACUAUGUGCCUUCGUCACCGAGCUACGUACCUAUUCAAAAUGAUCCACCCCAAAAUACAUGGAACAAACCCCAAAAUACAUGGAACAAACCACAAAACAACUAUGUACCUCCACAAAAUAACUAUGUACCUCCACAAAAUAACUAUGUACCUCCCCAAAACAACUGGAAUAACAAUAACAACAAUUGGAAUAACUGGAACAACCAGCAACCACAGAGUCCAGCAACGUCACCAACAACAUCAGUGCCGGUGAUAAAAAAUGAACAAUCUUUUGGAGAUAAUGGCAGCUACAAAUAUGAAUAUGAGAUUGGGGACGGUACUCAUGUCGGUGAACAAGGUUACUUUACAAACUACAAUACUGACAACGAAAGCAUUGUGAAAAAAGGAUGGUAUUCUUUCACUGACAAUGAUGGAAAAGUUUACACCGUUACAUACUGGGCUGACGACACUGGCUACCAUGCUAUGGGAGAUCAUCUUCCAAAACCUCAUCCAAUACCACCCGCGAUUCAGGCAUCGAUAGAACAGAACGCCAAAGAAGAAGCAGCGAAAGCUGAGGCAGAGAAAAAUAAACCUCAACAAAAUAAACCAAUUCAAAACCCCCAGCAAGUUUACUACCCACCACAAACCCAAUACCCUCAACAAGGUUAUAACCCUCAACAAACUCAGAAUCCUCAACAAACAGUUUAUCCUCAACAACCUCAACACACAUAUUAUCCACAACAACAGCAAUCAGAUUACCCUGUACAACAGAAUCAGCAAACAUACUAUCCGCAACAAACACAACAACAACAACAGACUUACUACCCACCAGCAAACUACCCUUCUUAUAGAAAAUAG